UGCUGCAAACAGACACACUUCUAGUACAUGUGCAGACCGUCUAUCCACUAAGACGUUUAAUAAAAAAAACUUCCAGGUACACGUUAAACAAUAAACUCAAUAAACUGGAUUAAAAUUAAAAAUUCAGUUCCGAUAUUAUGUGAUUUUUCUUUCUCGAAUUAUCUACUAUUUUUGUUGUUGUUUAUUACUUUGAUAAAAGUGUCGAUCGGUAGUGUUUUGGUAGUUAACCUAUGUAGUCUCUUAAAGACUUUGAAAUGCACUGAUACCCGCGAAUGAACAACAAAGAUGAAUGUAUGGUUGGUGAAAAAUACAAAACACCCCAAUUAAUAUGACCGGAAAAAAUCCUUGGGACACUAAGGUAUCAGUCGGGAGCGGAGCGGCCAGUUCGUAUGCUUCGACAACCGACAGUGAACUUAAGUUCACUAGAAAAUUUAGCCAAAGAUAUCGGUGGAAGUGUUGUAUCAUUGAAACGCUAUUGUUGUUCUUGUUGAUUUCGUCGAUAUCUCUGUAUGCCGGAUAUGACUAUUUACAAAGAACGUACAACGGCGAAGAAAGGGUGUUCAGAGGUGACUUGACGACGGUUGAAAAAGGAGUGGACUUAAUUGAUUUUGACAACCCGGCCAGCCAAGAAUAUCAGCGGUUUUCGUCCAACUACACACGGAUCAUAAAACACAUAAUAAAUAACAGCCCGCUGGAAAACAAACUAAUCGACGUCGAAGUCGUCGCCUUAGAACUAGUCGAGGAGAGCAACUUAAAAGUACACUUCUGGCUGAGAUUCGAUCCAGCGAGAUGGACUUCGUCCGUAACUGUAGAAGAUAUACUGUCGGCUUUCCGUCGCCUCUACUCUACGACAAACAUCAUACCUGGCAGCUUGCACAUUAAGCAGAUAACUAAUAACGCUCUGCUAUCCGUCAAACCUUCGACCGUGUCGCCUGAAACGACAGUCACGGACUUCUAUCCGUCAACGCCACUGCCAAGAAAGUGCACUGCCGUCAAGCUGAACCUGUGCAAAUCGGUCUUGGAGUACAACACGACCAGUUACCCCAACCAUUUCGGGCACAACAGUUUGGACGAGAUACACGAUGAUCUAAUUGCGUUCAGAGAUCUGGUCGACGCGGAAUGCUACCAGAGGACGUUGGAUCUUGUGUGUCAACUCCUUCAGCCGGCUUGCAGGUCCAACGACAAGACCAUGCAAGACGAAAUGCUGUUGCCGUGCAAACACAGCUGUCGGUUGUUCACCAACGGCUGCGGGCACAGGAUACCUGCAAAGUUGCUGGACGGCUUUGACUGUUCUAAAUUUCCAGAAUACAGCAACAUCGAUUCGGCGUGUGCCUCGAAACCCGGGUGCGACUACAAGCUGCGAACCACAGGACUGGCCAAUCGCCUUUGCGACGGCGUACUAGAUUGUGCUGACAUGUCCGACGAAAUGACUUGCGGCUAUUGUCCAGCCGGGUACCUUCAUUGUGUCACCACCAGGACUUGUAUCCCCGUGUCGGCUCGAUGCGACGGUGUGCUGGAUUGUCCCGGCGAAACGGACGAACGCAAUUGUUUAAUUAUUUCACCAAACGCCAGAUCCGUCGACCAGAUUUUACCGUUGGCCACGGUCGAUAUGUAUCAUCCCGAGGGCUAUGUGUUUUUCAUCGAGAGAGGAAUGACCGGCAAACUGUGCGCCGGUAACUUUCAAACGGAUAUACCAAACGAAAAAAUGGAUAUAGCCCUUCACACGAUAGCCACGUCUCUUUGCCGUACUCUCAACUAUCAGAACCUUUCAAACAUUGAAAUAGUCGACGACGAGGAUCCGUCUUCUGCGACUCCACCGAGAUACGUGCAUGUCGUCGACCCGUUUGCCAGUGAAAUCACAUUCAACCUGGGGUCUUGUCCUAGUAAACAAGUGCUGCACGUCGCAUGCAGUGAUGCCGUGUGCGGCAUCCAGACGAAUAAAAAACCGAAAUACGGUGUCGAAGGAUUGAGCAAAAUGGCGUCUCACGGAGACUGGCCUUGGCACGCUAUACUUUUCAAAAGCGGAACUCACGUGUGCGAUGCUAGUCUCAUUUCUACCGAAUGGUUGUUGACCAGUGCUUCGUGUUUUCAAGGACAGAGCAAAGCAGAAUGGGUAGCCCGACUAGGAGCUGUCCGGUUGAACGCCAUGUCGCCGUGGCAGCAGGAAAGACACAUUGUCGGUAUGGUAAAAUCGCCUGUCGAAGGAAGCACCCUGGUGUUGGUCAAGCUACAUUCCCCGGUAACAGUUUCGGAUCACAUUCGACCGGUGUGCCUGACCGAUGAUCAAGGAGACGGGUCGUUCACGCAUUGUCAGACAUUGGGGUGGGCCAAAAAUCGCGAUACGCUUCAACGGAUAGAAGUCAGAGAAACGUCCAUGGACAGCUGUGCGAACAUAAGCAUCACCAGUGUGAACGGACUGUGCUUCGAUUCGAUUUACGACCAUAACGAUUGUACGGAAGAGGAAUUCGCCGGAAGUCCAAUGAUGUGUUUGUCUUCGAGCAAAAAGAAUUGGGUUCUUAUUGGCGUGACGAAUUGGCGUAUAGCCUGUUCAGCCGACGGCAUGAUGCGUCCAAGACUCUACGACAAAGUCAAGUCGAAUCUGAAAUGGAUAAACGCUGUUCUGAAGGAAGUUUAAACUUGUACAACUAUUAUUGGUGUACGAUUAUAAUUUAAAAAAAAAAUGUACACCAAGAAUUUGUCAUUGAAACUGACUGAACUGUCAGUGCUGUGUACUGUACAAUGUGAUUCGUUUUAAUUUAUUAACGUUAUAUUAUAUUAUGAAUACUAUUUAUACCUACAUACCUGCAAUAAGUAAAUAUAUACUAUACUAUAUUAAUACAGUAUACAUAUACUGCACUAUACUAUACUAUAAAAUGUUUUAUAGUUGAUUAUUAUUUUGUAUUAAAAAAAAAAAAGUAUAUAUCUCAUUUGUAUUCCAUGAAACUUGUUUUUUUUUUUUAAUACUUUACUAUUGUUUUACAUUUUAAACAUACUAUAAUAUUUUUUUAUAAUACAUUUUUAUGGAAAAGAAAGGUCAAUUUAUCCAAGUUUCGCGGAUAUAUUUUUUAUGGUAUUUAUAUAUUAUAUAUAUUUUUUAGUUUGUCUAGUUAGGAUAUUUAUUUUUUAUUGUUUUUCCAACAAAAUACAACUGAAUUAUUUAUAAAUACCGUUUUUUAUAUUGUUAUUUUUGUAAAUUGUUAAAGCGAUAUUUAUAACACCCACGAGUAGAUUAAUUGUACUACAAAUCGGUAAUGAUUUUUUUUUUGUGCAAUUAGUACUAGUUAGUCGUCACAUAGAACAUUCUAUAAGACGUUAAUUAGUAAUUUGUGCCCAUUGUUGUUUUUUAGGGCAACAGUCGCCUGAAAUCCUCAGACCUAACCGUCUUGUCUUUAUAUAAUGUGCGUUGAUAACAUAUUUAAAUUAUUCAAGACUAUGUGAAAUAUACUUGAAAACUGAACUUUCGA